AUACCCACCGACCCCGGAAGUGGAACUCGAAAUUGGCAGCGGCGCCGUGAAUCGCGGAGGGGAAACAGCCAGGAGAGGUGGCGCGUCUCCCGGUAACGGCGCCUCGCCCGGCCCGGCCCGGCCCUUCCGGGAUGAGAGGCACCAGCUCAUCCUGUGAAGAUUGAUGUCCUUUUCCUUCAUCACUUUAAUUUUGUUGACAAUUUGGAUAAACAUGGCACAGCUCCAGCAAGGAGGCCCAGAUGAAAAAGAAAAAACUACAGCACUGAAAGAUUUAUUGUCUAGAAUAGACUUGGAUGAACUGAUGAAAAAAGAUGAGCCACCACUUGAGUUUCCCGAUACACUUGAAGGAUUUGAGUAUGCCUUUAAUGAAAAGGGGCAAUUAAGGCAUAUAAAAACUGGGGAGCCAUUUGUUUUUAACUACCGUGAAGAUUUGCAUAGAUGGAACCAAAAACGCUACGAAGCUCUUGGAGAGAUCAUUACUAAAUAUGUCUAUGAACUAUUGGAAAAGGAAUGCCACUUGAAAAAAGUAACUCUCCCAGUAGAUGCUACUGAGAGUGAGCCAAAGAGUUUUAUCUUUAUGAGUGAGGAUGCAUUGACAAACCCAGAUAAACUGAUGGUUUUAAUUCAUGGUAGUGGUGUUGUCAGGGCAGGUCAGUGGGCUAGAAGACUUAUUAUAAAUGAAGAUCUGGACAGUGGCACACAGAUUCCGUAUAUUAAGAGAGCUAUUGAGGUGAUAAAGAUGGAAGGCUAUGGAGUAAUAGUACUGAAUCCCAAUGAGAACUAUAUUGAAGUGGAAAAGACAAAAGCCCAAGUACAGCUGUCCUCUGAUAGCUCAGAUGAACCUGCAGAAAAGAGAGAGAGAAAAGAUAAAAUCCAAAAAGAAACAAAGAAGCGACGUGACUUCUACGAAAAGUAUCGGAACCCACAGAAAGAAAAAGAAACUGUGCAGUUGUAUAUUAGAGAUAAUGGCUCUCCUGAAGAACAUGCAGUUUAUGUAUGGGACCACUUUAUUGCUGAGUCAGCAGCUGAAAACGUAUAUUUUGUCGCUCACAGUUACGGUGGACUUGCAUUCGUAGAGUUGAUGAUUCAACGAGAGGCAGAUGUAAAGAAUAAGGUAACUGCUGUGGCGUUGACAGACUCUGUUCACAAUGUGUGGCAUCAAGAAGCUGGCAAAACUGUUCGAGAAUGGAUGCGAGAGAACUGUUGUAACUGGGUGUCUAGUUCAGAACCUCUAGAUACGUCAGUAGAGUCCAUGUUGCCAGACUGCCCACGUGUUUCUGCAGGGACCGAGCGUCAUGAGCUAACUUCCUGGAAGAGUUUUCCGUCUAUUUUCAAAUUCUUCAGUGAAGCAUCCGAGGCAAAAAACAGUUCAGUCCAACCAGCCCCAACACGACGCUCCAACAGAAUCAAAUACGAAGAGCUUUAAGGGGAGAAAAACAUCUCUUUGCUGCUUGUUUUCUGCAAGCAGUCUCCCAGCCCCUCAUUAGAUUGUUUUCUUCCUAGAGCACAGGGUCGUGAUGUAUACAUCUAAAUAGCGUUUUGCAUUAUUUCUAGAUGAGUGCAACUGUCAAAGCAAUAUGGGUUCACUGGUUGUGCUUCCUGUGGGCUGUAGCUUGGAUUUCGUGCUGCCCAUCAGUGCGCAGAUUAAGGCUGACAGCAGUACUGCACAGUGCAGCAUGGUGCAGCUCUAAUUGCCCUGACAUAGCCCUGCACCGAGCUGAUGCCAGAGUUUAACAGCUUCUUCGUGGUCCUAUCGCCUACAGGAUUUUUGCUGCUUCCUUCCAGGGUUCAGUUUUCUUGCUUGCUUGCUUGCUUUCUCUGACAGGAGCAAACUUUAGAUUUUAUGCAUUUUUAACAGAAUUGCUUUUAAAUAAUUGAUCCAGGUAGAUUUCUCUCCCCUCUUCCUCCUCCCUGCUCUUCUUCAGCCUUUAAAAUGCUCAGACAUCUUUCUAACAAUGGAAUAUUUUUGUUUGUGCUUUUUAAGGGGGUUGUUUAAGCCAUAAUGACUCAAUUUAAAUUUAAAAAAUAGCACAAAGACAGUGGUGUAGUAUUUGGAUUUAUAAAUAUGAAUCGUUCCCUGUAGCUCUAACCAGAUCUUUUUUUUUCUUUUGAGACCAGAGGAGAGACUGUGCAUAAAAUAGAUCCUAAGAAAUAAUAAAUUAAUGAAUAGGUAUUUCUGUGGAGGACCGUCUCUGAAUUUAAAAUAAGGUUUCUAAUAAAUCUGUACAUUACAGAAAGAAAGGACUAAAUUUAAACCAAAAUGAACCAAUGCUAUUUAUGCUGAAAUCUUUUGCUUCGUGAUUUUAGGAUUCCCAUUUUUACAGAGUUUGUAUCUCUGAAUAAUUUUAAAUCACGAGGUGUGAUACAUGUUUUAGUGAAAAUUGUAACAUAGAUUAAAUACCUGUAUUUAAAAUUUACUUUUAGAACUUGGUUGAUAUGUUUAUUUUUUAUUCUAAUAGAAUGUCUAUUUUGAGACAAAGCAAAAUAUAAAUUACUCUUUUUAAAGAGGGACAUAAUUUUGAAUAGUAAAAAAAAUGAAUAUUUUCAAUCAAUAGUCUUUUCUUCUCUGGGACCAAAUGGGAUCAACUCUUCACACUUUCCAUGUUCUCCAGAUAAGGGGUCCAAGAACUUUGGUCCAAAUUUAUGGGAAAGUCUCUGUAUAAAGAUUUUUUCCUUCUUUGGCAUUAUUUGUAGAACUCCACUUGCUUUUGAAAGUUCUACCUUAAAAUGCCAAUUGCUUUGUACUUCACCAAUUCAGCAACCGUCUGGACCACACUGUGAAUUAUGAUAGCAUAAAUAAAUAAAAAGUCAUGAAUUACU